CUUGACUUCAUUAACAUGCUGUGUCGAACUGUCUCCACAGGUAAGGCCAUCAUUGAGAACAUUACAGACGCCAUCUAUGGCAGCAGGAAGACCAUCUGUGUGAUCAGCCGGCGCUACCUGCAGAGCGAGUGGUGCUCCAGAGAGAUCCAGAUGGCCAGCUUCCGUCUGUUUGACGAGCAGAAAGACGUGUUGAUCCUGCUGUUUCUGGAGGAGAUCCCGGCCCAGCAGCUGUCUCCCUACUACCGCAUGAGGAAGCUGGUGAAGAAACGCACCUACCUGAGCUGGCCUCAGGACGGCCAACACGCAGGUGUCUUCUGGCAGAACGUCCGGAGAGCUCUGGAGACAGGGGACACUGUCGCCGACAACACAGACCUCCUGACUGGACCAGCAGGCUGCUAGCCAUACUGUUAGCAAGCUAACAUUAGCCAGCUAGCUGCAACCCAGCCACACUGAAUAACGUUAUAGAGUUAAACUUACAGAGACACACUUACACAGACAUGGUGCACAUAUGUUUAGAUUCAGUGUGACUUUCACUUAUAGAAUAUCAGUAUCUCUGAUGUCCAUCGUGGAUAAAGAAAUCCAUGUAGAAAUCAUCUAAAAAGACGCUUCUCAUCAUUGCAGAACUGAAUGAUCAGUUUUAAAAAAAUUUCACUCAACUUUUAACAGAUUGUUUUGAAAGGUUUUGUUGUCUCUGCUGAUUCAUACAUAUACUCCGAUCAGCCAUAACAUUGUGAGCACUGACAGGUGACGUGAAUAACACUGAUUAUCUGGUAUUGUUAUGAACCAAUAUAUAGAAGCAAUUUCCUUUGUAUGAAAACCUACUUGGCAAUAAAACUCAGUCUGACUCUGA